CCCCCACCCAUUAAGAGUAUAAAAGGGCUUGAGAGACAAGAGAGGCUCAAAUCUCAGCAUAUCUACCUCAAUCUACUCCCCUAGUCUUUCAUCACCCUUGCCUGCAUCAUGCCUUACAACUGCUGCCUGUCCAACAUGAGCUGCCGCUCCAGCUGCUGCUCCCGGCCCUGCGUGCCCCCCAGCUGCCAUGGCUGCACCCUGCCUGGAGCCUGCAAUAUCCCCGCCAACAUAGGCAGCUGUGGCUGGUUCUGUGAGGGCUCAUUCAACAGCAGUGAGAAGGAGACCAUGCAGUUCCUGAAUGACCGCCUGGCCAGCUACCUGGAGAAGGUGCGGGAUCUGGAGUGCAAGAACGCAGAGCUGGAGAAUCGCAUCCGGGAGCGGUGCCAGCAGCAGGAGCCCAGUGUGUGUCCCAACUACCAGUCCUACUUCCGUACCAUUGAGGAGCUGCAGCAGAAGAUUCUGUGUGCUAAGUCGGAGAAUACCAGGCUGGUGGUGCAGAUCGACAAUGCCAAGCUGGCCUCUGAUGACUUCAGGACCAAGUAUGAGAUGGAGCGCUGCUCCCGGCAGUUGGUGGAGUCAGACAUCAACAGCCUGCGCCGUAUCCUGGAUGAGCUGACCCUGUGCAAGUCUGACCUGGAGGCCCAGGUGGAGUCCCUGAAGGAGGAGCUGCUCUGCCUUAAGAAGAACCAUGAGGAGGAGGUCAACACGCUGCGCUGCCAGAUCGGAGACCGCCUCAACAUCGAGGUGGAUGCUGCUCCCACUGUGGACCUCAACCGUGUGCUCAAUGAGACCCGAUGCCAGUAUGAGGCUCUGGUGGAGACCAACCGCAGGGAUGUAGAGGAGUGGUUCACCACCCAGUCUGAGGAGCUGAACAAGCAGGUGGUGUCCAGCUCAGAGCAGCUGCAGACAUGCCAGGCAGAGAUCAUUGAGCUGAGGCGCACGGUCAAUGCCCUGGAGAUUGAGCUGCAGGCUCAGCACAACCUGAGGGACUCCCUGGAGAACACUCUGACAGAGACAGAGGCCCGCUACAGCUCACAGCUGAACCAGGUGCAGUGCAUGAUCACCAACGUGGAGUCACAGCUGGGUGAGAUCCGUAGUGACCUGGAGAGACAGAACCAGGAGUACCAGGUGCUGCUGGAUGUGCGUGCCCGGCUGGAGUGUGAGAUCAACACCUACCGGUGUCUGUUGGAGAGCGAGGAUUGCAAGCUCCCUUGCAACCCCUGUGCCACCACCAAUGCUAGUGGAAGCUGCUGCGGGCCCUGCGGUGGCUCUCAGAAGUGUUGCUAA